CAAUUUUUGUCCACAUACAACGAAUAYUGUGUUUUGCCGGUAAAAAAUAUUUCUAAAAUAAAUAAUGCGGGAGAGUGAAUCCAAGAGCUCUCGCCGAGAUCGCGAUCGAGAUCGUGGACGAGAUAGAGAUAAGGAACGGGAUCGUGAACGUGAACGAGAUCGUGACCGCGAGAGAGAUAGGGAAAGGGACCGAGAUCGUCACUACGCACGGAAAUAUCGUUCAAAAUCCAGAUCACAUUCCCGUAGCAGUCGUUCGAAAAAAAGCAAAAAAUCGAAGAAGUCAAAAAAAUACUCAAGACGCAGUCCAAGCAGUAGCAGCUCAUCAUCCUCCUCUAGUUAUUCUGUAGCUAGUCGUAGCAGUCGAAAUUCACACAAAUCCCGUUCACAAGCACGAAGUACGCGUGCACCUAGUUCAGAAGAGAAUUCACGCACAACAGCGUCCGCUUCAUUGGCCGUUGCUACCCUCAAAGGUAUAGAUGCUAUUGACGCACAGGUGCGAAAGGCUUUGGACGCCAUUGAGGAGGAGGCGUUUCAACCAAAAACAUUUUUUAGCACACGUGAUAGAGAAGCUCCAGAAAAGAAGCCAAUACCGGAAAAGGUGAUUAUUGAUUUGGAAUCGGAAACAGUGAAGUUACCAAAACCUACCGAUGCAUCAAAAGACACCAAAGCCGAUGAGAAAAUAUUCCACCCAAAUUUCAUUGGUGAUGCAGACUUAAAGGCGGAAAAAUGGUUACGAAAACUAUACAAUUACCGGCAAAGAUAUUAUCAGGAGUGAUUGUAGCUUAUAAUAUAUCUGAACCGGUUUUACGUGCGCGUAUUAAAGCCUCAUCAGCAGUUAACUGCUCAUCUUUUGAAGGUGUCACAGGACUACCAUCA